UGAGAGAGAGAGAUAGAGAGAGCUACGAUCCUUUUCUCCCGACUCGCUUCUUCGGAUCUCUUAGGGUUUCUCCCCUCGAUACCGCCAUUAAUUUCUCUUUACUUUGCUCUGAUCUCUUCGCUUCUUUACUCAAUUCGCGCUUCGUGCUCGGAUUUGGUUUUUUUUUUGCGAUUUUUUGAGGAUUUUUUGUGAUUUUUGGGUGGAUUUUAGGGGGAGAAGAGGGGGAGUGGGAGAGCGCGAUGGCGGGGAAGGGAGGGAAGGGGCUUUUGGCGGCGAAGACGACGGCGGCGAACAAGGAUAAGGAGAAGAAGAAGCCGGUCUCCCGGUCGUCGCGAGCCGGUCUCCAGUUCCCAGUCGGGCGAAUCCACCGUCAAUUAAAAUCACGCAUUGCUGCAAACGGACGCGUGGGGGCUACCGCGGCAGUUUACUCUGCUGCAAUACUCGAAUAUCUAACUGCAGAAGUGUUGGAACUUGCCGGAAACGCCAGCAAGGAUCUGAAAGUGAAGCGCAUAACCCCCCGCCACCUCCAGCUGGCGAUUCGAGGAGAUGAGGAGCUUGACACACUCAUUAAGGGCACCAUAGCUGGUGGUGGUGUUAUUCCUCACAUUCACAAGUCCCUCAUCAACAAGUCAUCCAAAGAGUGAGGUAUAAACAAAAGUUGUUUUGAUGUUUAAUCUGGGUUGAGCAUUGCCUUUUAUGUGAAAGUUUGUGUUUUCUCCAAUAUCUAAUUGUGGAACUUUGUGUAGCUCUUUUAUUAGAACUUAGAACUAAAGGUAAUAGUAACUUGGUUUAGUUUAUUUGUCAUUCGUAUUGUGAACCGGUAGCGGUUCUGUGGUACAUUGGCAUGUAAUUUCCAUUAACUUAAGUUGUUAGUGCUCUUUAUAGUUUUAAGAAGUGCUCUCUUUUAGUCUAA